AUCAAAAGUCAAAACCCCCCGAUCGGGCCGCCUUUUCCCAACCCAGCAGCGCUCCGACGCCGCCGUCGGUUACUAGUGUGGACACGCGGUCGGCGUGGUCGGCGGCCGGCGGGGAUGAGCAUGCGCUAUCUGGUGGCCGGUCGCGCCGGCUGUGCGGCGGCGGGAUCGUCCUCCUCCGCCAACCCCCUCAGCGCCCUCGCCGACGCCGUGCUCGGCUCCUCCAAAUCUGAGCAGCAGAGAAAGGAACUUUCAGGAUCAGCAGUUCGCGGGAAAGCUUCUUUUGAUUCGAUGCCCGUUCCUUUAUCUACACUUCCAGGCUCCGAGGAUGAGGUCAAGCUAGGUCAGGGACCUAUUAGAAGCAUGAAGGGCACCAACUUCAUUAAUGGGUGUCAUGGAGACGCCUGUGGCGAUAAUUUUCAAGCCUCAAUCCCUUCUGUUCCUGAACACAGAGUAGUCGAGCCUCACCUUGGAGAGUCAGAGCAAGUUGAUAGCGCUACUCGCCUGCAUUUCAAGCCCAAAUUUGAAGGUCCACCAGAGAUGGCUGCUCACCAUUUGUUGCCUCAAAGUUCAUUUGAACCAUACAAUAUAUCGGAAAAUGGACCAGAAGAAUAUUCAGGAGGAAAGGAUGGGUUAUUGGAUCAUAUGGAUGAUCUUUAUGAUGAUGAAAUGAGAUCCUCUGGAAACACAAGCACCGAAGUCGAUAGUUGGUUGUCUGCGUUUGAACAGGGACUACAUCCACGAGUCAUGAGCGACGACGAGCUGUCAGGUGGUGGCUGGUUGUCAUUCCUGCAGAUUGCCAUCAGCCACCUGGGUGGAUUUUCCCAACCAAGGUUUCUGGAAGAACUGAUCACCUGUCAGGAUCAGGUUACUGGGCAUCGAGUAUGGAUCAAGCUACAGCAGCGCUCUGGCUGGUCGGUUAAAUUGGAAGCUACGCGCGACCACCUCUUCGACGCCCUGCAGGAUGCGGCGAUGCUGGCCGUUAUCACGAUGAGACAGCAUUUCCCCUGUGAGUUCGGAGGCACUCCAUUUGAAGUUCUGCCCGUCCCGCCUGGGCAGAGGAGCAGGCGGUUAGAUGACGGUGCCACGGUCAUCCGAGGCGGUGCCGUGGCUUCUGCUUUUAUUGGCAUCGAUCACGAUGAUGUCCAACGUCUUCUCGCGGUCAGCUUCAUGUCCCUUUUCCAUGAGCGUUCCAAGUCUUUGCAACGUUUGAGGAAGCACGCGUUGAAGCAGCGGCUGCUGAUCGCGGAGAUAGAGAAGAUGGUGGAAGAGCUCGAUGGUUCCCCAACCCAGACGCAGGAGUUGGAUCAAAGAAUUGCGGAGCUGAAAAGGAAGUCGGGGGAGAUGCAUGGACUUCAUGCCCAUGCUGUCAAAGGAUACAUUGGUUGGUCUGUGUUCGUCUCUAACGAGGCGCAGCAGGAGAUGAAACCAUUGGAUGAUGGGGAUGAGGUACCACCUGCAAUUGCAAGCUCCUCAGUAGUAUCAGCCAGGGCCAGGCUGUGAGCGAUAUGCAUGCAUUGCACCAGUUUAUAUUCAUCAAUAAUGAUGGUUACAAUCCAACCAACCUGUGUCGUUGUAAUUCAUUACUCCUUUUGGACUUGGAUGGUGUUAUUUAGGGACCCAGACGUGGCACCGUGAACUCAUGUUGUUGUAAUCUCAGACCCCUGCUUGUGUUGUAAACUGAUGUAUGUGCAAAGCCUAAAUGGGCUGUCUGUGACACCCUACAAUAUAUGAUGGCUGUUGAGACAUA